UCCGUGUGAUCGUCAGUCUUUCCCCAUCGGUUUUAUUGUAGAACUUUCCAAAUGCUCAUCAAGGAAAUCGAGGAUGAAGUGCAGAAGUGCGUGGAAGCUAGUUCUGAUGAACUUGGAAGGUAUUUAACAGCCGGGAAACAGCUGUCCCCAGGUGAAGUGAUCCUCCGAGAGAAACCCCUGGCAGUGGGACCAGCGGUUUUCAACAGUAAUUUAUUAUGCUACGGUUGCCUCAGGAUCGUCCCGAACCUUCCGCUCUUGGACCUGAAAUUCCCCUGCAAAAUCUGCGAGACCGCUAUCUUCUGCAGUUCAUCCUGCGAAGAUCGUCGAGGUCUCCAUACGACUCGGGAGUGUGAAGCAUUCACGAGGUGGGGAUCCCUGAAGGGCCUGAGCUGGACUGAAUUCCGAGAAAUACUCUUCCCACUGAGAUUGUGGCUCCUCCAGGAGGCGGAGGAAUCCUGGAGCGAGAUUAUGAGGCUCGAGGCCCACCUGGACGUCAGGAGGACGACGAAAGUCUGGAAGGACCGACAGGAAACCGUCGUCGACGUCCUGAAGAGGGUGGGACUGGCCCCAAAGGAUUCCGAUGAAGUUCUCCAGAGGAUCUGCGGGAUAAUCGACGUGAACUCCUUCGAGCUUCGAUCCCCGGGAACUCUCGACUCAUCUCCCCUCCGAGGGCUUUAUCCAAGGGCUGCCCUGAUGACCCACGACUGCAGGGGCAACACUCAUUUAACCGUCGACGACGACUUGAACCUGACGGUCUACGCGAGUCUCCCUAUAGACAAAGGAUCCCCGAUUUUAUUCAAUUACACUUCGUCCCUCCUCGGCACCUGGGAGAGACGCGUUUUCCUGCAGGAGGGAAAAUACUUUAACUGCACCUGCGCGAUGUGCCAGGAUCCCCAGGAGCUCGGGGCUCAUCUCAGCUCCAUCCUCUGCCCGCGGUGUAGAAAGGAGUUUUUAGGGGUUCCCAGGGUGAAUCCCUUCGGUCGAGAGAGGAAUUGGAUCUGCAGGAGUUGCCAAAAGACUUUCUCGGGAAAACUUGUCCGGAGCACUUUGGAUUUAGCGCAAGGGAAAAUUAUAAAAUGCGAUCAGUCCAGUGCAAAAGAGCUGGAGACACUGAUUAAGGACCUCACGAGGACGUUCCACCCUCGCCACUCCUUAUUAAUGAACCUCAAGCAGAAAUUAUUGGGAAUUUACCGAGAGGAAAUCGCGAAUCCUCGAGCUAGAAAGCAAAUUCUGGAGAGAAUGCUGGAAUUAUUCAAGGAGUUCGUCGAAGUGUUGGAAAUCGUGGAGCCCGGUAUCUCUCGAUUAAAAGGCAUAAUGAUGUACGAAAUGCACCUUCCCAUGAUCAUCCUGGCGAAUCGAGACUACACAUCCCGAGAAAUAUCAUCAGACGAGCUAGGACAUCGUCUGGAGCAAGCCGCUGGGUAUUUAAAAAAGUCCCUGUCGAUGCUGCUCCUGGAGCCCGCGACAAACCCCGAGGGAUUACUCGCAAAAAGAGCCCUUCAAGAAUAUAAAACCCUCCGGCAAAAUCUAGAGGACAUCAGAUCUCUUCCACAAGAAAAAUCCAUUUCAAGUUGUAAAAAAAAAUCGUAAUAAAAACAAGGAAGUACUGAAAGUACUAUAAAUUCACCAUUGCGAUUGUCCUUGUGGUGUAUUCCAAUAAAAAUUCA